AUACUAGGUUUAGUUAAAGUGUUUCUCUCUAAGUCUAAAAACACACUUCAACAAAUUUUCAGUUUCCUUAACCCAAGUUGUUUCAAGAACAACCACAAAUUAAACAAAAAUGUUAUCUUUGAAUGUUUUUCCACCAACAUCAUCAUCGUACUCUGUCACUGUCACAAAACCAAAUCACCAUUUUUCCAUCAAUGCAUCUCACAAACUCAAACCAAAUCUUCUCAACAGCUUUCAAAGUUCCAAUCUUUCUCUCAAACCCAUAUCUCAGAUCCAUCAUUCACUCACAAAUUCACCUUCUUUCAGCAGAUUCCUCUCACACCCUUUUGAAUUUUCACCAAAACCCACAACCCAAUUUCUCAAAGCUGUUUCUGAUGAAGGAGAAUCUUCACCUCAAGAGGUUAAUCCUAAUCCUAAACCUAAAAAUAUCAAAAAACUUGUUUUGGUUUUUGGGUUUUGGUACUUUCAAAACAUUGUUUUCAACAUUUAUAAUAAAAAAGUUUUGAACAUUUUUCCAUUUCCAUGGCUUCUUGCUUCUUUUCAGCUUUUUGUUGGUUCAAUUUGGAUGCUUGUUCUUUGGUCUUUUAAGCUUCAACCUUGUCCAAAAAUCUCAAAACCUUUCAUUUUUGCACUUCUUGGACCUGCUUUGUUUCACACAAUUGGUCACAUUUCAGCUUGUGUUUCAUUCUCUAAGGUUGCUGUUUCAUUCACACAUGUUAUUAAAUCUGCUGAACCUGUUUUCUCUGUCAUAUUUUCUUCUGUUCUUGGUGAUAGAUAUCCAAUUCAAGUUUGGCUUUCAAUUUUACCAAUUGUUCUUGGUUGUUCUUUAGCUGCUGUUACUGAAGUUUCUUUCAAUGUUCAAGGAUUAUGGUGUGCACUUAUUAGCAAUUUUGGUUUUGUAUUAAGGAACAUUUAUUCGAAAAAAAGUUUGCAAAAUUUCAAAGAAGUUGAUGGAUUAAACUUAUAUGGUUGGAUUACUAUAUUGUCAUUGUUGUAUCUUUUUCCGGUAGCUAUUUUUGUCGAAGGAUCUCAAUGGAUUCCGGGGUAUUAUAAGGCAUUAGAAGCUAUUGGAAAGCCUUCGACUUUUUAUAUUUGGGUUUUGGUUUCGGGCGUGUUUUAUCAUCUUUAUAAUCAAUCAUCUUACCAAGCAUUGGAUGAAAUUAGUCCGUUAACUUUCUCCGUUGGAAAUACAAUGAAGAGAGUUGUGGUUAUCGUGUCUUCGGUUUUGGUGUUCAGAAAUCCAGUUCGACCUCUUAAUGGUCUUGGUUCUGCCAUUGCUAUUCUUGGGACUUUUCUUUAUUCACAAGCUACGGCUGCAAAGAAAGCGAAGAAAAUUGAAGGUGAAAAGAGUAGUUAGAGAAGUAGAAGGGGAGUAAAAAGAGGGGAAAAUUUAGAAAGUCAUUACUGUUUGAUUAUUUUAGAAGUACUUUUAGUCAUGUUAGAUUUUUAGUCAUUAAUUAAGAUCUUCUAUUAUUGUUUCUUUUGAACUUUUGCUGUGAUUUUUCUAUUGAUAUUUCAAAGCACUUAUUUAAAUUUGGUUAAUUUUCAUGCAAA